AUGUGGUCACUUGAAACAUUGGGAAUUCUAGAUCCAGUUCAAGUGCAGACCAAGAAAGAACAAGAAGAAGCUGCAAGACAACACUUCUUAGAAAAUGUAACAAAAGAUGAUCGAGGUCAUUAUUCUGCCAGCCUACCAUGGGUGAAUGGAGAACCAGAGCGUGACCUACCAACAAAUCGAGUGGUGGCCGAGAAACGACUGAUGUCUACCACUAAGAAAUUAAUGGAUAAGGAAAUGUAUGAAGUGUAUGAUGGCAUUUUCCGAGGGUGGGAGGAAGAAGGAAUUAUUGAGGCAGUGCAGGAGACGUCGCCCCCCACUGGUCAUUACUUACCUCACCAUCCUGUAUUCAAGCCAGAGAGUACCACCACGCCAGUGCGCCCAGUUUUUGACGCAAGUUGCAAAGGUGCCGGAAAGCCAUCUCUAAAUGAUUGUCUAUACAAGGGGCCGAAUCUCAUCGAACUAAUUCCUUCCGUGCUACAUCGAUUUAGGCAGAGGAGAAUUGGGGUGAUUUCGGACAUACGAAAAGCUUUCUAA